CAGAGCAAAGCAUCUACGCGUGGAGGCGUGGAGCCCACGCACCUCCUUCCUCCGUUCCCCAAUCCCCCUGGAGGCGCGGCGCAUAUCAGCGGCGACAUUGGGCGGCGAUGGCCUCGGUUAGGCCCCCUCUCCGCCGCCUCGCGCUGCUGCUUAACAGCCGCAUCCGCGCCAACAACCGCUUCCUCGCCUCCGCCUCCACCUCCACCUCCUCCUACCCCACCGCCGCCGCAGCCGGCACCGCCACCACCGAGACGCCGGCGCCGGAGGAGCCGGAGGUCGUCAGCAUGACGGAUAACUGCGUCCGUAGACUCAAAGAGUUGCAUACUAAAGAACCAUCUGCUAAGGGCAACAUGUUGCGCUUGAGCGUUGAAGCUGGUGGCUGUUCUGGAUUCCAGUACACCUUCUCACUGGAUAGCAAGGAAAAUGCUGAUGAUAGGGUCUUCGAGAAGAAUGGUGUUAAGUUGGUUGUCGACAAUGUCUCAUACGACUUCGUGAAAGGUUCAACAAUCGAUUAUGUAGAGGAAUUGAUAAGCUCAGCAUUUGUGGUUUCAACCAAUCCAAGUGCUGUUGGAGGCUGCAGCUGCAAGAGUUCCUUCAUGGUUAAAUAAUUCGAACAUUAGUAACUUUAAGAGUUAAAUAGCACAUUGGUACGGACUACUCAUCUUGCAAAACGCAGGGUUAUAUAAGCAAGGCAUGUAACAUAGAUGAUAGAUAAAUCCGAUGUGGCUGCUUUUCCUCCUUUUUCCAGAUCAGAUCUGGAGUAAGCUUCCAUCAUAUGUGCCGCAUCUCAGUUCUUUUCACACCUGGGUUGUACUGUUCACUUAUUUUUUGAGCCAACAGAUCGAGGACACGGAUGUAACUGAAACAAGGAUGUUAAUUCUGUUCUCUGGCAGAUGUAUCAAUAAAAUUAAAUAAUCUUGUUCUCUCGCAGAUGUAUCAAUAAAAUUAAAUAAUCUUCUUCUCU